GGUCCAAUCCGCGACGGCGCACGGUUUCAAGGCGCCCCGAAAGGCGCAAAAACAAAAGCAGUAGCCACCAAAAGAGCGCAGAAUAACUCCAAUAACUCUACUGCGGCGGAUUAUAAGGCUCUUUUAACGACAAAUCGUUCGUUUUUUCGGUCAGUUCGGCUCUGCGGUCAGCGGAGACCCGGUCCGAGUGGAUGUUUAUCUCCAAUGCGGGGAACUUGAAACCGCCCCGCUGCCCCAUUUCCUUGGUUGUUUUGCUUUUUUUUCGCCUGGAUUCUCCAUGCUGGAUCAAAAUUGGGUUAUUUUACUGUUUAGACAGUAGCCUGUUUUCUCUCCCGCCUCCAGAACGCGCUCCUAUCACUCGGGAGGCGAGCCAUCAUCGCAGAAACUCAAUUUAAGGAGAAGAAAAACAUCUAUGUAUGUGUGAAGUUCGUAUAUAUUUAAAGGCGCAACGUCGCAGGAGCCGAGCAGCUAGGUUCUGUUCUGGCUGAAUGUUGGAGUGUCUGAGCUGAAGGGGGAACGGUUUGGAUUCGAGGGGCUCCGCAUUUAUUAGAUGGAAAGUUCUAUCAUUACACAAGUGCAAAAAGAAGAUAUUCAGCUGCCCACGAAAACAGGCCAGGUGAAAAAAUCUUCUCCUAAGAAACCUCGAAGUCGGAACAUCUUCAAAGCUCUUUUCUGUUGCCUUCGCGCACAGGAUGUCCCCCAACCGCCACCCCCUUCCCAGGAUACCCUGCUGCCUCCUGAGGAGAAUGGGACCAUCGCCAAGAUUCCAGAGGCAAGCCUAUUGCCCGAGGUGACUGCCGAAGACCAGGGCAAGAUCUGUGUUGUUAUAGACCUGGAUGAAACUCUAGUGCACAGCUCCUUCAAGCCAAUCAGUAAUGCUGACUUCAUUGUUCCGGUGGAGAUUGAGGGAACAACACACCAGGUGUAUGUCCUUAAGAGACCACAUGUUGACAGGUUCCUUCAGCGUAUGGGAGAGAUGUUUGAAUGUGUGCUUUUCACUGCCAGUCUUGCUAAAUACGCUGAUCCAGUCACUGACCUGCUGGACCAGAGCGGAGUGUUCCGGACUCGCCUUUUCCGAGAGUCCUGCGUCUUCCACCAGGGCUGCUACGUCAAAGAUCUAAGCCGUCUCGGACGCCAGCUCAACAAGACCCUCAUCCUGGACAAUUCUCCAGCCUCGUACAUCUUCCACCCUGAGAACGCUGUGCCUGUGCUGUCCUGGUUUGAUGACCUGGAGGACACAGAACUGCUGAACCUGCUGCCUGUGUUUGAGGAGCUGAGUGGAGCAGAAGACGUCUGCACUAAACUGAAGCAGCUCCGCGAACCCUGACAAGGACCUUCUGCAUCCCCCGCCUGUCUUCAUGAAGAUCUCAGGCUGAGGGUGUCCAGCUCCAGGAGAGCCUUUAAAGCCUCUAUAAUGCCUUAUUCUGCCUGCAAACAACCACCAAACACCUACACACUCCAGCGGAGGCACCGAAACGUCACCGUGACGUCACAGAGUCUCUCUCAGGGUCCAUGUGAGGACAACGUUCCUGUAUCCUCAUCAGAAGCAAUCAGAGAAGACAGAACCCCAUUCAGUUUAUCUGAGCGUUUACUCUCCUUUACUCUGUGGACACCUAAUUCAGCUCAGACCUUAAACCUCAGUCGAUGUGCCCGUUUUAUUACAAAUGUUUUACAAUAUUAGUAUAUCACAGUCGCAUUUAUGCCAAAUUCUCAUUUUUCCCUGUGAAAAGGAGUCUUCAGAUCACAAAUGUGAAGCCUUUAAACUUCUGCUUUGUGCCUUUGAAGGGGGGAAAAGACCCACUGAUUUAUUUCUAGCAUUUCAAAUGUGCAUUUAAAGGGGAAUUCCACCAACUUUUUUUUAAUUCCUGCAUAAAGAUGUUCAGAUUUCUUCACAGUGGUGGUGAUAGGAAUCAGGGGUUGUCAUGACUACAACACAAAUAUAGACAUUUUAUUUUCUAUACAAAACCACCAGUGAACCUACACAUGCCUUCUGAGUUUUACAUGGAAUGGUGUUGAUAGGAAAAUAGAGGAAAAUCUGAAAUUAUUAUUUUUACAUAUUAUGUAUUCAUUGACCAUGAAUGGAUGUAAAGGCCAAGACUGUCAUGAAACAUCAGGCAGUGUAUUCAUAACCAUUUCAUGUAAUAACUUUCUGUGAGGGAGCUUUUAGAGGUGGACGUCUGGUUCCUUUCACCACCACUGUGAACAAUGCUGACUCGGUAAGUUUCUCUAGAACGGAGCGUUUCACACCAAACCACUCUGAACAACUCCGUUUACAUCUUAAUUGUUUCAUUAUGCAGAAAUUUCAGUGGAAUUCCCCUUUCAGUUGAGUGAGUUUUUUACUUUUGAGGACGAGUGCCCUUGUUGGUUGUUUUAAAAGUUCAGUUUGUAACGCUGACUUUCUCCGUGGCCAUAAACGUUUAGGGACCAUCUCCAAUAAUUGCUGUCUUUUUCUUCACAUGCGAGAACAGUGUUAGUUUAACGUCAGGUGGACGUUACACUUUGAAGUAAUAUUCAGCAAAGAAUUCUUUGUUAAUUGCCUUUUAUUUUUCUUACUUUUCCAUUAGUUAGCUUUACAGAGAAGGUGUUAUUGUGUUAUCAUUCUGGGGCUAAAGGUGAGGUUUGGAUGCCUUUUUUAUGCUUUUGUCAUUUUAACCAUGAUGUUCACUGGAAACGUUGUUAAUUAUCAGCAAAUUAGCAGACUUUUUAAGUAGACUUUUUAGUAGACUUUUUUGCUGAUAACGAUAAAACCACAUUUUUCCCAGUAUCAGUUGAUAUUAUUGGGCAGCUGAUAUCGGUCAGACUCUAUUCAGUAUAUGUAAAUGCUUACUGAUACCUUUAUUAAGAUUAGCAAACAACAAAAGCUUUUUCUUUAGGGAUCAUAUUCCCAACCACAAGGUUGGACAUGUUUAAAUUAUUAUGCAGUGAUUUAUAAUGCAUAAUAGUAUUUUUCCAAAUGAAUUGGUGAGAAACAUGGGUGCUAGACGUUUUCAUACUGCAGGCUAUGUAGAACACAUAUCACCCUCAACGCCUUUUAAAUACACUAAAGCUGAAAGAGACAGUUAGAGAUCUUACAGUAGAACUGAAACCUGCAUAAUUUUGCCACCUCAUAUAGAAACCCAGGAACGUGAUGGGUGUGAUCUGUUCUGCAGCUUUCCUGGGCUAGAAACAUUAAAAAUAAGGAUGUAAUGAUAUUUUCAGGUUCACUGUGGCUCUACAGCGAUUAAAUUUUAUUAGAUGAUUGACAUUUUUUUGAUAAUACAUUCCUGAUUCUACAGAGCUCUAAUUCUAUCCCGCACUGACUGUUUCGGCUCAGAAAAAUACAAAAUUUAUAGUAUGUCCUUCAGUCUGAGAGAAAGUCAGAGAAACUGAGCUGUAAAUGAUACAGAAACAGAGAGGAUGCACCCAGAUGCAUAAGCCCUGCCCACUGCACUCUGAUAGGCUGCCUGUUUUUGAUCUUUGACAGUGAUUUCCACAGAAAUAGACAGUAAACGAGAGACGCUGUGAAGAGUGAUGGACAUAUUGAUAUACGGUUUUACGUUCAUGUACGAUCACUUUCACAGUUUUUCAGUACUGAAGUCAGUACACGCUUAAUUAAAAGCCAUGUCAGGUUAAGCUCUCAGGUUUAAAAUGUGCAGAACAACAGGCGACUAUAAUGUGUAGCAGAGAUCAGCCUGCAAAUUUAUUUGAAUUACUUUCCAUUAGAGGUGGGCGAUAUGGCUAAAAUAUAAUAUUGCAAUGCUUCAAGAAAUGUUCACAAUACUUGAUAUGUCAUGAUUUUUAUUUGACAUCUGUUCGGUUAGAACUGAGGAAAAACACCCAGUAGUGCUACAUUUAAAAAAAAAUAAAAAAUAAAAAAAA